UGUCCUGAAUGUGAGACAUGUUUUACUGAAAAAUCAAGUCUUAAUAGACAUCAAAAAAUUCACACAGGAGAGAAGCCAUAUUCAUGUCCUGAAUGUGAGACAUGUUUUACUGAAAAAUCAAGUCUUAUUAAACACCAAAGAAAUCACACAGGAGAGAAGCCAUUUCAAUGUCCUGAAUGUGAGAAAUGUUUUACUGAUAAAUCAAGUCUUGAUAAACAUCAAAGAAUUCACACAGGAGAGAAGCCAUAUUCAUGUCCUGAAUGCAGGACUUCAUUUAAAAGUAAACAUCAUCUUGAGAGUCAUCAGAGAAUUCACACAGGAGAGAAGCCAUAUUCAUGUCCUGAAUGCAGGACGUCAUUUAAAAGUAAACAGCAUCUUGAGAGUCAUCAGAGAAUUCACACAGGAGAGAAGCCAUAUUCAUGUCCUGAAUGUAAGAAGUGUUUUAAUCAUAAAUCAAAUCUUGAUAUACAUCUGAGAACUCACACAGGAGAGAAGCCAUAUUCAUGUCCUGAAUGUGAGAAGUGCUUUAAUCGGAAAUCAAAUCUUGAUAUACAUCUGAGAAUUCACACAGGAGAGAAGCCAUAUUCAUGUCCUGAAUGUAAGAAGUGUUUUCGUCAUAAACAAUAUCUUAAUAUACAUCUGAGAACUCACACAGGAGAGAAGCCAUAUUCAUGUCCUGAAUGUAGGAAGUCAUUUAAAAGUAAAUAUCAUCUUGAGAGUCAUCAGAUAAUUCAUACAGGAGAGAAGCAAUAUUCAUGUCCUGAAUGUUUUAUUUCAUAA